GGAUAGACACCGGGGCGGAGGGAGCUGCAGUCACUGCUUGAUGGCUCUGCUCGCCUCUCUGACAGGUCCCUUCUUCCCUCAGUGCUGUGAAACACGGCCCAGAGGAACCCUCACUGGUCCUGGGGCUGUGUGUUCUUCUCAGUCCCAUCCAGACGAUCACUGCUGCUCCCAGCUCCCAAGAGGCAGCGUUCGCGUUCUCCGGUACAGUACUGGACCCCGGCUGCUUGUCUUCCCGCAACUAUUGCCUUGUGUGCCAGGCCAGGAAUCUGGGCCACUCCGAAUGGGCAUCGGCUUUGGCCUCCGCCUGCCCAUGGGCGAGGCCAGGGCCUUGAAUCUAUUACCAAAAAGAAGCGGGGGAGGAAGUAGGGCCUCAGGGCAAGGCCACUCAGUCCCCUUGGUGUCAAACACCAGCAGCCCAGGUCCCAGGGGCUCAGGCCCAGGCAGAUCCAGCGCCCAGCAUACCCUCCCAGCUCCACCCCCACCCUACCCGACCCCACCCCCGAACAAAGAGGGCGGGUCUGACGUCACAAAGGGCGGAGAAGAAGAUUCGGUGCCAGGGCUCUGUGACCCGCUAGUGCUGACGCGUAUCGGCGUCCUGCGCCUGCGCGGAGAGCCGCGAGGGGAGACGCGUGCGCUCUACGCACCCUGGAAACCAAGUCAGACAGUUUGGGGCUGA